UGUAACAGCAAUGGCGGCGUUAAACGUCUUUGAAAAUGUUCUGGGUUUUACCCUCACAAAUUUGUUGGCUGCCAUGGCCCUUCUUAUUUUCAUUACUUUAGCUAUAGCAGCGGUUUAUCUCUGGAAGGAAACCCGCUUCCAGGAGAAGGCUUUGGCCCCCUUCCCGUGUCCGGAGAGACACUGGCUACAGGGAACAAUGGACUUAAAGAGGAUCACGAGGCAUCCAGAGUACGUCCUGGAGUUCAUGACUGAACAGACUCAGCGCUUCCCGAAAUGUUUCCAACAGUGGAUAGGACCGUUUCGGGGGGUGCUGAUGAUAGUCCAUCCGGAAGUUGCCAAAGAGGUUCUGAAGACAAUAGAGCCGAAAGGCCGGGUGUACGAGUACCUUCGACCAUGGCUAGGUGACGGCCUGCUCCUCAGUAGAGAUGAGAAAUGGAGGCGGAACCGACGACUGCUGACUCCGGCAUUCCACUUUGAAAUCCUGCGGCCCUACGUCAAAAUAUAUAACCAAGCAACGGAUGUGUUCAUGGAAAAGAUGUCAAGUUUCGCCAUGAAAGAUGAAGCAGUGGAGAUCACCAAACACCUGAGUUUGCUGACAUUGGACAUCAUCCUUCAGUGUGCGUUCUCCCACAACAUCGAGUGUCAGCGUGUUGGGGACAAGAAUCCGUACGUCGCUGCAGUGUACGCCAUGUCACAACUGCUCAUGUUACGUGCAAGGAGCCCAUGGAUGCACCUAUGGCCGAUGUAUCGACUGACACCCGAAGGUCGGGAGUUCGUUAAACUGUACAACCUUGUCCACCAACAGGCUGGGGACAUCAUCAAAGCAAGAAGAGAAGUUCUGGACAAAGAGGGAAGAGAAAAGAUAGGUCGGGGGUCUCGCUAUCUGGAUUUUUUGGACAUCCUACUGACUGCACGGGACCCGGAUGGAGAAGGGCUGACAGAUGACGAAAUCAGGGCAGAGGUGGACACUUUCCUGUUCGAAGGCCAUGACACGACAGCCAGCGGCAUUUCUUGGAGUCUGUAUUGUCUGGCUAAACAUCCGGAACACCAAGAGCGUGUGAGAGAGGAGGUGGACGCGGUUAUGGCGGGAAAAGACGAACUGACAUGGCAAGACAUCUCCAAACUGAAGUACUUGACGAUGUGCAUCAAGGAAGCCAUGCGUCUGUACCCUCCUGUUCCUAUCGUGGGACGCAAGAUCACGCGAGAGUUCGCGUUCAUGGGACAUCGGCUGCCGGCAGGAGCUGAACUGAACGUGAACGUGUGGUGUCUGCACCACAAUCCGGCUGUGUGGGGCGAGGACUUCAUGGACUACAAACCGGAUAGGUUUUUAUCCGAGAACAUGAAGAACAUGGAUCCCUAUGCCUUCAUACCGUUCUCAGCUGGACCCAGGAACUGUAUCGGCCAGAACUUCGCCCUGAAUGAAGAGAAAGUGGUGAUUGCCAGGAUAUUACACAAGUUCAAGGUCGAGCUCGUUCCCGAUCACCACGUGGCUCCAGUAGUGGAGCUUGUGACCAGAGCAGUCAACGGCAUCAAGGUCAAAUUCAUCCCGAGGGACUAGUGCACACUUCCGAGUACAAAUAAUCUGUA